AUGAGCGGAGGAUUCGCUUCCAGCGGCCGGGGUGGCGCCGGUAACAUGGUUGACUCAACCAAGAGCCCCAAGAUUCAGCCCUCGGACCUUCAGACGCCCACCCUCAAGACGGGCUUGGUGACCACUGGGAGGGGAGGUGCCGGCAACAUGGCGGCUAACACCGACCCUGUGGAGACCCGUGCUCGCCAGGACGUUGAGCCUGUCGUCCGCCGCGAGAGCCAAGGCGCUCAGCACUCUGGCCGUGGUGGUGCCGGUAAUGUCUUCAAGGGAGAGGAGGCUGAGCAGGCCAAGCACGCCUCUAACGACAAUGCGAUCGAGGACAAGGCGGAGGGUCUGGCAGCCAAGGGCAAGGCGUUAUUCUUCGGAAAGAAGGAGAACAAGCAGUAA